UUUGCUUUGUUAUCUCAUAAACUAUACUUCUAAGUUCCAAUUCUCUCUAUCAAAGUCCAAAAAUUACUAUCAUACUUAUAAAUGGGGAGGUAUCCAUGUUUUAAAGUUGAUGAAGAUUUAAAGAAAGGGCCAUGGACACCAGAUGAAGAUAAGAAAUUGAUGGAUUAUAUUACAAACAAUGGACAUACAAAUUGGCAAUUAAUUCCAAAAAAAGCAGGUUUAAACAGAUGUGGAAAGAGUUGUAGAUUAAGGUGGACUAAUUAUCUUAGGCCUGAUAUUAAAAGAGGAGCAUUCUCCUUUGAAGAAGAAGAAAUCAUUAUCAGCCUACAUUCUAUUCUUGGAAACAAGUGGUCAAGAAUUGCAUCUCAUCUUCCGGGAAGAACUGAUAAUGAGAUCAAAAACUUCUAUAACACUCAUUUAAGGAAAAAAUUACUCAGAUUGGGAAUUGACCCCAGGACUCAUAAGCCAAUUUCUGACCUCAAUUUCCUCAUAAAUCUUUCUCAUCAAUUUCCUUCUAAACAUAAUCUUUUUAUAAAUAAUCCCUUAGCAUAUGCUCUUAAAUUACAAGCACAAGUCACAGAAAUAGCCAAACUUCAACAACUCUUACAAGACCUUUAUGCACCCAUAAAUACAAAUAUUCCAUUAUUGCCAUCUAAUUUUCAAGAAAAUAAUUUUGCUACAAGUUCAAGCCAUGUUAUAACAACAAAUGUUAGUACCAACACCCACUCCUUGGAUUCUUUGCUAGUAAAUUCAUGUGGUACAGUUCUUCCAAAUUUGAAUAAUUCUACUUCUUGCAAUAUUUCAAAUUCCUCAGAAUUAUCGUCCUAUCAUCAAGGUGAAUUGAACUCAAUGACAAAUACAGAAGCUGAUGAUAUACAUGUAAUUAAUCAGGAUUAUGAUCCUAAUAAUACAUUGUCACAGCUUAAUUAUGAUAUUCCAGCAUGGGAGAAACAUCAUGAGGAUGACGAUGCCAACAGUUCUUUCUGGAAUGACAUUUUUCAAUGAUUUUUCCUCUUAUUUGUUGCAUAUCAUUAGAUAAUUUUAGUUUUAAAUCGUUUAAAUAUCGAGAUGAAUUUACUUUAUUUUAUUUUAUUUUUUUAACUCUGUUAUCUUUAGUUCUCUAGAAUCUUGGUGGAUUUUUUCUUUUUUCUCUUUUUAUGUGUGUAUAUGGGGUGAGUUGUAUUUAUUUUGG